GCCUCAUGUGCUCCGCGUCUGCAUGGGUGAUAAAUUCCUCCCCAACCCCCGGACAUUCCUGGACCUGGAGCCGCCCGGGGAGAGGAGAAAGUAAAGACAAGAGACUGGUGAACUGGUUCUUCAAACAUCACUAGACUGAUUUGAAGUGGGCCACUACCUAGAGAGGGAGAGUACCGGUGGACCUCACCCACAGCACACCCCUGUUCCCCACACCUCACAACACCACUCAGUAUUUAGUGCCGAGGAAAGGUCACAGGUGUAUUAAAACGAAAAGUCCUCUAGAGGUUGUCCUUCUCCUUAUGUCCCCUACAAUGCAGAUGUUACCAGGUAUUGGUUUUGUUCUCCUGGUCCUACCAUGUGUUUUAUCAAGAGACAUUUUUAUAACAACCAGUGGUGGGGUUUGCACAUCGCCAUGUUCUAAUAAUGGUGAUCAAUUUUACUGGUACUGGCAAAAGGGCUAUAAAGGUAGCUGGAACUACUGUUCUACAUCAGAUCAAUGGGAUUACCAAGGUAAUCCAUGUCAGUCACCCUGUAAAUCUGAUGGUUCCAGCUAUACAUGGUGCAAAAUUUACAAGAGUUGGAGCUACUGUGGAUAUAUCACAGAAGUGUUUGAGACACAUUAUACAAGAUAUGAACAGGCGUGUGUAACUGACUGUGAUAAACGUGGUGACUAUUUUCUAUGUACAGAUUCUCUAAAUAGGUAUGACUAUUGUUCUCCAUCCUUUGAUGUGACUAUGAAAGGAGAGCCAUGUCGUAAAGAUCACCUUUGUGGUUCCUAUGGGAAAUCUUAUUUUUGGUGUUACACAGAUGAAUCUAAUAACUGGGGUUACUGUGGAAAAAUAACUGGUGAUUGUAAAAACACUUAUCAUUUUUCACAUCGAAAAAAACGUGAAACUGAAGAGGAGGUCUGCAGAGUUGAAGACCAUGGAAACAGACGCGUGACAGUUCUUAUAGCAUAUCAAGAAUCCAGAUUUCGUCAACCAAAUCGAAAUCAAUUUAUGGAGGCUUCCCAUGUUAUCAACAUGAUAACUGCCAGUACUGUCUUUACUUCUAGCGCUGGCACAAUGUUUACCUAUAAUUCUGUAAGACUUGAUAUGCAAGGUACUUUUAUGCAUGAAGGUGUGAGGUAUGUUAACCUGCAAGUACAAUUAAAUGGUCAAAGACAAGGCCAAUCAAGUGUUUGCCAAGCAUGUUUCCCUUUAGAUUUGGAUGUUAGCCGUUAUUUUAGAUAUAUAAGAAGGGCCCUACAAACUAGCUUGCGGGGUGUUUACCAUGGAGAUCCAGUGAGAGUUUUUAUAUUCAUUGAAGAUAUUUAA